GCACCUCGCCACUGCCUGCCGCGUCGACGUCUUCCGAUCCCGAGCCUUAUCCAUGCACGCCCGAGCCGAAGCACCGCCGCUCCCGCUAUCCGUCACCGUCGGCGCCGCGCCCGCGCCGUGCUCGACGGAAUGCCGCGCUUAAGCUGAUUACGCUCCCGCGGAACCCGGAGAAGACGAUGAUGCCGCUCGCUGGCAUUGCCCUCGCGCCUCUCCUCGUCUCCCCUCCCGCGCUUCGUCCCUCUCCCCGUGGCAGCGUAGCAGCAGAGGCCGCGAGGAGGCCCCGCGCGCGAGGGCGAGUACGGUGCUCGGCUGCGGCGGCGUCCGGCGGAGGCGGAGGCGGGGACGCCGGUGAGCUGUCCCGCGCGACGCUGCUCUGGAGGGCGGCCAAGCUGCCCAUCUACUCCGUGGCGCUUGUGCCACUCACCGAAGGGAUUGCAAACAUUUGGUGCUGUGCAAUGACGAACCCCAUAAGCAUUUUGUAUUUGCGGUUGGAUGCAGCUGUCCUUGUGAUCACCUGGCUCAAUCUCAGCAAUGAUGUUUAUGAUUCAGAUACUGGUGCUGAUAAGAACAAGAAAGAAUCUGUUGUGAACCUUGUUGGCAGUCGAGCAGUGACACAAUAUGCUGCAAACAUUUCUCUUCUGCUCGGCUUUGUAGGGCUAUUUUGGGCCUUUGCAGAAGCUGGAGAUGUCAGAUUCAUCUUUUUGGUGAUAUGUGCAAUCGCUUGUGGUUAUGUUUAUCAGUGCCCGCCAUUCCGAUUGAGUUAUCGAGGGUUGGGUGAACCAUUAUGUUUUGCUGCAUUUGGCCCAUUGGCCACCACAGCCUUCUACUUCUCAAACAGCAUCAGAAGCAUUUCAAGCGGAAUUAUGCUUCUCCCUCUCAACAAAACAGUCAUAGCUUCGUCCAUUCUUGUUGGGUUGACAACUACCCUGAUACUCUUCUGCAGCCACUUUCAUCAGAUUGACGGAGACAGGGCUGUUGGGAAGAUGUCCCCCCUGGUAAGAAUUGGCACCAAAGCAGGAGCAAGAUUAGUCACGCUUGGGAUUGUCACGCUUUACACUCUUUUGGUCGCUUUUGGCAUAACCAAAUGUCUCCCGUCAUCCUGCAUUGUCCUUGGUGCCCUGACUCUCCCUCUGGGCAAAUGGGUUGUGGACUAUGUGCUGAAAAAUCACGAUGAUAACAGCAAGAUUUUCAUGGCAAAGUAUUACUGCGUGCGGUUACAUGCCUUGUUUGGGAUGGCACUGGCUUCUGGUUUGGUGUUGGCUAGAAACGGUGUACUACUCUAAGUCUGACAGACAAAUGGCCAACCAUCGACAAAGAGGGUACAGACUACAGAGGAAUGCUUCUUGCAGUUUCAGAUCGAGUAAACACACAGCCUUGAACAGACAUCUUUACAGAGGCAGUGCAUGUGUGAACUCCUCUUGCUGAAUGAGAGCUGUGGCAGCCGGUUUGGGCAAUCAGAGGUUCAGAGACGCAGAGCUGAGCUUGCAGGCUGGUUAGGCUCUAGCUAGGCAGCUAGCUAGCCCUGUACCCUCCCAAUGAAAUGCCUUCCUCCGGAGAGGGAACCCAGCUAGCUGGCGUGCUCGUCGCUCCCUAGAUCGCCGUUUGCGCAGGAGGAGGUUCCCCAGCAGCAUGAAUUGAAUUCUGGGCCAGGACGGGACAAGCCAUGCUCAGCCAUUACUUCUUUCUACCACGGACCUGCUGUUUGUAGUACGCCGGGCAGGGCAACUUGCCAACAUCACAUAUGCUUGCUUUUAUGUUUUUAUCAUUGUUUUCCAGAUCUUUACAUUUACAGAGUGCACGGGCUACCGGGUCAGGGUUUGUAAUUGCAGGAUGGCAGUAUCUAGUACUGCAGCAUAUUUAUCUCGUUGUCCAAGCAAGUGAGAAUCGCUGAUUAACGUAACCACACCAACAUGGCAAUUACUGGCAUC